ACAUUUCCGUUAUCUGAAAUUGAAAACGCUUCACCUUCAGCAACGGUUUCUCUUAUUCGAUUCGGCUCAAUUAAAUUCUUUGCAAUCGCUUUUUGGCUGUUUUGAAUCCCAUGUGUGAGAUUAUUGCUGGAUGAUGGCCGAGACCAGAAAAUACAUUCCGAACGUUCAACAAUUAGGAUUAGAGCUUGAAGAGAUACUACGAGAAGCCAAGCAUCGUUGGCUUCGUCCUGCUGAAAUAUGCGAAAUACUUCGCAAUUAUCGCAAGUUUGAGUUAACAUCAGUUCCACCGAUUACGCCUCCAGCUGGAUCACUAUUCUUGUUUGAUCGAAAAGCUCUUCGUUACUUUCGCAAGGAUGGUCACCGGUGGAGAAAAAAGAAAGACGGGAGGACUGUAAGAGAAGCUCAUGAAAAGUUGAAGGCUGGUAGUGUGGAUGUCUUGCAUUGUUAUUAUGCUCAUGGGGAGGAUGAUGACAACUUUCAACGGAGAUGUUAUUGGAUGCUUGAUGAGCAGUUAGAGCACAUUGUCCUUGUGCAUUAUCGAGAAAUUAAAGAGGGAUGCAGGUCUGGCAUCUCACAUUUUCCUGUAGUCCCAGUUACCCAGGUUGGUGGCUCUCAAAGUAGUUCAGCGCCUUCCUCUGGCAAAAUAAACUCCCCAUUAUCCGUAGCUCAAACAUCUUUUACAUCAAGUGAAAAUAAAGUUGAUCAGAAUGGACGAGCUUCAGAGUAUAAGGAUGCUGACUCACAGAAAGGUCUUCAAGCCUCUUCUCAUGCCCAACCUAUCAGCAAUUCCAUACUUUGUGGUGCACCUCGGCUUGCACAUGAAACCACCGGUGGGUUUUCUCAGUUACCAAGAAAUCCCUUUAUUUCGUGGUCAUCUUCUCUCCCUAGCUUUUCUUCUGAUACUGGCUUGUCCCCGUGGGCUCUGGUUCAGAACUCUGGCAGAAACACGGUUUACAUGCAUGAUAGAGAACUGCAUGUUGAAGGAUCCACUGAAGGCCCUGAAGCUGACUUCACUGUUCAUAAGCUAAGCGAUGCAGUUCACAAAAUGCAAGAUGGUAUAAUUUUCAGAGAUAGGCUUAGUACUGGCAAGUAUAUCCAGCCAGUUACAGGAGCUUUACAGACUGUAAAUCAGGUGCAAAAGGAGCAUGAUUUAGAUUCAUUUCAUACCCUAUUCCAUGGUCAUACUGAUCUAACAGUUGCUGCAACUACUACAGUCCUUGUUGAACAAAAAUUUCAAGAUGGUGGUACACACAAUGAUGAGUCAGAACAUGUUGAAUCUGGUGAAUUGAAAAAGCUUGAUAGUUUUGGAAGGUGGAUGGAUAAGGAGAUUGGUGGUGACUGUGAUAAUUCCUUGAUGGCUUCAGACUCUGGCAAUUAUUGGAGCACACUUGAUGCUCAUAAUGAGGAUAAGGAGGUGUCUAGUUUAUGCCACAUGCAGUUGGAUAUGGAUUCAUUAGGCCCUUCUCUUUCUCAAGAACAACUAUUUAGUAUCCAUGACUUCUCUCCAGAAUGGGCAUACGCUGGGGAUAGAACAAAGGUUUUAAUAGUUGGUACAUUUCUGGGGAGUAAAACGCUUUCUAGUGAGACCAAAUGGGGAUGUAUGUUUGGUGAAAUUGAGGUUUCUGCUGAAGUUUUGGCAGAGAAUGUCAUACGGUGCCAGACUCCUUUGCAUUCACCUGGUCGUGUUCCAUUCUAUGUUACCUGCAGCAAUAGGUUAGCCUGUAGCGAGAUCAGAGAAUUUGAAUAUCAUGAAAAUCCAACUAAAUUUUUUGCUCCUGUGGGUAUUAAAAUCUCACCAGAAGAUGAGGUACGGCUUCAAAUGCGACUACUUAAACUAGUAGACUUGGGACCUGACAAGAAGUGGUUGAAGUGCUCUGUUUCUGAAUGCGAAAAAUGUAAACUUAAGGAAACAAUGUAUUCCAUGAGAGGUGAUAAUGGAGUAUUAAAAGAAACUUUCCAGAUUGAUGGAAGUGAUCACAUAAACCCUAGAGAUGUGUUAUUUCAGAAAUUAAUGAGAGACAGGCUUUAUGAGUGGUUGAUAUUUAAGGUUCAUGAAGGAGGAAAAGGACCACAAGUGUUGGACAAUGAAGGCCAAGGAGUAAUACAUUUGGCUGCUGCCCUUGGUUAUGUGUGGGCUAUGGGCCCAUUAAUUGCUGUUGGUAUCAGUCCUAACUUUAGAGAUGCUCAUGGAAGAACAGGACUUCACUGGGCGUCAUAUUUUGGAAGAGAAGAAACUGUGAUUGCCCUAGUCAAAUUAGGAGCAGCCCCAGGUGCCGUUGAGGAUCCAACAUCAUCAUUUCCUCGAGGACAAACAGCAGCAGAUUUAGCUUCAAGUAGAGGACAUAAAGGCAUUGCUGGGUAUUUGGCUGAGGCAGAUCUGACUAGUCAAUUAUCUACAUUGAGUGUCAAUGAAAAUGAGAUGGACAACAGUGCCACAAACCUAUCAGCUGACCAUGCUUUUGAGUCUUCUGAAGGGUACUCAUCUAAUAUGACAAUGGAUGAGCAACAUUAUCUAAAAGAGUCACUUGCUGCUUUUCAGAAAUCAGCUCAUGCAGCUGCUUCAAUCCAAGCAGCCUUUAGAGCAAGAUCAUUCUGUCAGAGACAAUUAGCCAAAAGUAGCAGUGAUAUUUCUGAAGUAGUACAUGACCUAGUUGGUGAAUCUUUGAACAAGGUUCAGAAGAUGGGUCACUUUGAGGAUUAUUUACAUUUUGCAGCUUUAAAGAUUCAAAAGAAAUAUCGUGGGUGGAAGGGAAGAAACAAUUUUUUGAAAAUACGCAACCGCAUCAUAAAAAUUCAGGCUCAUAUUAGAGGACACCAAGUUCGUAAGCUGUACAAAAAAGUUGUUUGGUCUGUUAGCAUUGUGGAAAAGGCAAUACUGCGUUGGAGGCGGAAAAGAGCUGGUCUGCGAGGAUUCCGAGUUGGGCCAUCAGUUGGCAUUGUUGCCAAAGAUGAUGACAAAAAUGAUGAGUAUGAAUUUCUUAGCAUUGGGCGGAGACAGAAAUCUGAUGAUGUAAAGAAAGCUCUGGAUAGAGUGAAGUCCAUGGUUCGUCACCCAGAGGCACGAGAUCAGUAUAUGAGGCUCAUCAUGAAAUAUCAGACUUAUAAGAUUGAUGAUGGUGGAAACAGUCAAUCACAGCCUGUUGAUUAGACUCUGAAGGAGGAAAAGAGGAAUACUGGUGGCACUUUGUGUUAAUACUAAAGUCUUACAGGUAUACCAUUUUAUGUAAGCAAUAUCUAACAUAGUUUCUAUAGAAGUUAUGUUAAUUAAAAAUGUACAAGAAGAAAAUUCAGAAAUUGGGGAAAAUGUAUGUCUUUUUGUUCCCGUUUUUCAUUGAAUAGUCAGUUUUAGUUAUCAAAGAGUUGAGUAAUGUAUAUAGGCUUAUUGAAAUAUGUGGAAAUUAGAAUAAUUGUUCGUGGGAAUUUU